CCAACGAAUCAGUGUUAAAAUAACCUAUGCCAAUGUUCAUUUGGUACAUAUUCCUGGGGCUGAUGCCCUGGGCCUCCGCAGACACCUUCAAAGUGAAGAUUACCACGGACCAGCAUGUAAAUAAAGUGGACCCAAGAUUUCUGAGUUUCACGAUAGACCCUAAGUAUUUGUUUACGAGCACGGAAAAAUAUAACAGUAACGAGUGUCUUUGCAUGGCUACCUCGUUGACCCCAGCCUAUCUUCGCAUAGCCGGCCCGUCUACCUCCAAUCUGGUUUUCUACAACAACAGCAUAUCCAUAGUCGAUGACGAGGUCAGAGAGGUCAGAGGCAGCAGGAAGCGUCAUGUCAUUGAAAAGCUGUCCGUCAGUCAUAACCAAUGGAAGAUGUUCGCGAAAUGGGCCAAAUCCACCGGUUUCGACCUGGUCUUCGCUCUGAACAACCAGGACAAGACCAGGAACGGUAUGUGGGACCCCAACGCGGCGUUGAACGUGCUGACCCUGGCUGAUAAGGUGGACAUCGGCAAGAUGUUCUGGCAGCUUGGCUAUGAAUGCUCUAACCAGUCAAUAGAAGAAUACCUGAAUGACCAAGAAACACUUCGCGUGAUCGUGGAAACCUUCGCUCCUGGCCAGAGCCUGGAUUGGAAGGUCGUGGGCGGUGACGUCACGAACUGCCUCCAAGCAGACUCAAAGAGUGACUUUAAGGAUUACGUCACUCUCUCUCUGGAGAUGAUGGAUGCCCUUCUGCUAAAUGGAAACUCAUCUUCCCGCCAACUGGAGCGAAUGUCUGAAUUUGAUCGCUUAAAGUUACUUAAGCUUCUCAGUUCUAGCCAGACCCCUCUCUGGCUCACUGAGAGACCUCGUGAGGAAUACAACGAGCUGGAGAGAGCUGCAGAUUGGAUGGCCAGCCUUGGUUACUCGGCAAGGAAUGGCUUCUCCGUACAUUAUAGUGAAAUGAGGGAAAAGGAAUUGUUUGAACCCACUUUGAGUUUCUACAUGGCGCUCCUCUUCAAGAACCUGGUAGGCGAACGUGUUUUGAACGUCGACAUGGAUUCCGAGAAGGCCGUCUUAUUCGCACACUGUACAUCGCUGCGUCACAAAGCUGUCCCUGGAGCGGUGACACUGUACGGAGUGAACAUGGACGACGAACCUGCUAGAUUCUCGAUAAAACUGUCGGAGAGGGAAGAGGGAGGUGAUAUAAUGCAGUUUAUACUUGGCUAUGAUGAUAAUGGUGAGAUCAUCGUGAACGGCCAUGCGAUGUCCCACGAAGGCGACAUAAAGCCAACUAUCAAACGCGUCAGGCCAUACAAAACAUUGCUUAUCAACCUCCCCCCCAAAUCAUUCGGGUUUUGGGUUCUUGCCAAUACAAAAGUUGGUGCCUGUUACGAUAUCAAAGAAAACAGCAAAGAAAAGAAUCUUGCUGAAGCCACAGAUGUAACAAAUGACGUGCUAAAGAAGGUUAAAAGAUCAAUUAUAGAAGACUUUGAUGAUUUGCAUGUCGAUGAUGCAUCUGAUGAUUUUUCUGAUUUGGACAUACAUGAGAAUUGUGAUGAAAUAUUGAAUCCUGCGUUGAAGAAAACUAUAGAUAAUUUAAACGAGAAUUUGAAAAAAGUUCAUGAUCUUUUUGGAAAAAAAGCUGAUGAUUCGGAUGAAGUUCAAGAAUUGCCAGCUCACCCGCGAAAUUUACGUAUAAAACGGCAUAUCGAUGACUCAAAUGUAAUAAGUUUAGGGAGGAUAAAGAAACAUUUAUUAAAACCAAGACACGAUAGGAAGAGAAUACUGGAUAUAGACUUCAGAAAGAAUGGACUAUUUGGAAACUUAUUGCAGCUAAAGAGCAAACGUAAUAACACAAGAAAUGUAAAAAACGAGAAACUAAAAUACAAAACUCCAAAGAACAAAGUUGCCGUAAAUAAUCUGAAGCAUUCCACUGAGAAAAAUCUCGCCAGUUUAGAGAAUAUAAUUGUUAACAAAGAAAAAGUUUCAAGGAAACGCCGAAGUGUUGUUUUUAAGGAAAAACAUAAUGAGUCUAAGAAAAAGUUGAAUGAAUCUGAAAAUGAAAUUGGAGAGGAUGUUGUGGAUAAUCCAAAAAUUUGGAAGACACUUAGCAAGAUUCAGAAACAAUUAGAUAAAAUGCAAUCAGAAUCGCCGGAUACUAAUGAAGUUGAAUAUUUAGAUGAAAAAUCUAAAAACGGACAUAUAUUGGUUAAGACGAAGUUAUUGGAUGACGGAGCGAUGAUCAACCUGAGUGAACACCCUGAUCAUGGGUUGAUCAAAUCAACAUUAAACAACGUCUUCUCGGUUUUAGGAGAACUGAACACAAAUUUGAAUAGGAUAUGGAACACACUUACAAUUUUAGAAUAAAUUAGAUAUUAGAAAAGAUAGAAUUAAAUAUUAGUAUUAUUUACAAAUAAGUAACUUUAUUGUACAUAGAUUUUCGUUCCUUUUUUACUUUUUGUAUUUUAACUAUAAGCACUAUUUGCCGAUGGUCCGGCAAGGAGAUGUAGUGAAACACGUAAUGGUUUUAAGUGUGUGUAUUUUACAUAUAUCGGUUGCUUAUAUACUAAUAAAGGACGUGCGUUUUGCUAUCUAACUUAAUCUCUAAACUUUAUCUUAUAGUGUGCCUUAUCUGGUUAUGCGCUGAUUGUAUGUACGACGAUGUCGCUACAUAUACUCCCCCCUUGAUAAAAAAUGUUUGUUGUCACCCGAUGCACUUAUGCUGAUUAUUUUUUGUUGCUGAUCGUAUUCUUUUGUCUACCGUCUUCAUUAUUCCGUAUAAGAGGGCGAUUUUUUCCAGUAGAUACGUCGCAACUGAUGUUUUCCGUAGAACCCGGAAGUUUGAUGUUUCUGAAUAAUAAUUUCUUAUUGUCACGAAGUCUUAUUAAUUCUUGGUCGCUGAGUUGACAUUUUGCUAAUUCAGCGUAAUUGAUUGGUGAUGGCAUAUCUAUCUGUUCUAUACGUGAUAAUGUGUCCGCGACAAUAUUGUCACGUCCACUUAUGUGUUGAAUAUUGGUAGAAUACUGUGAAAUAAAAUCUAAUUGACGUAUUCUUCGUGGUGUAUCGUUAGGUGAAGAUUUUCGAGACAAUACGUAAGUCAAAGGUCGAUGAUCCGUAAAAAUCGUGAAUUCUCUUCCUUCGAUCAAUCUUUGAAAAUGUUUGACUGCCAUAUAUAUUCCGAGUAAUUCUCUAUCGAACGUUGAAUAUAUCUGUUGUGCAUCACUUAGUUUUCUUGAAAAAAAUCCUAAUGGUUCCCAAAUGCGUCCCUUUUUUUGUUGUUGUAG